UACGGUGAUUUUCAUUAACUCUCUACUUCUUUCUAUACAUCUAGGCCAAACUCAACACCAAUGGAUGGAGAAAACAGGACCUUGUCCAGUGAUUUUACUCUUAUGGGGAUUUUCACUCAUGGUAAAGCCUCCGGCUUCCUUUUUAGCAUCAUUUGUGGCAUCUUCUUCUUGGCCGUGAUAGCUAAUGGGAUCAUGAUAUUCCUGAUCCACAUAGAUCCUCACCUCCACACCCCCAUGUACUUCCUCCUCAGUCACCUCUCCCUCAUUGAUGUGAUGUACAUUUCCACCAUUGUGCCCAAGAUGCUGGUCGAUUAUUUAGUGGGCAAGGAGACCAUCUCCUUCAUUGCCUGUUCAUUCCAGUUCUUUCUCUACAUGGGCUUUGUGGGGGCUGAAUUCUUCCUGCUGGGGCUCAUGGCCUAUGACCGCUAUGUGGCCAUCUGCAACCCUCUCCGCUACUCAGUCCUCAUGAGUAGGCAGGUCUGUUGGAUGAUCUUGUCCAGCUCUUGGUUUGGUGGUGCUUUGGACACUUUUCUCCUCACUUCCAUCACCAUGAGCCUCCCAUUCUGUGCCUCCCACAAGAUCAAUCACUUCUUCUGUGAGGCACCCACCAUGCUGAGACUGGCCUGUGGUAACAAAGCAACCUAUGAAAUGGCGAUGUACAUUUGUUGUGUCAUGAUGCUACUGAUCCCCUUCACUGUGGUGAUUGCUUCCUAUGCGCAGAUUCUCAUCACGGUACAUCAGAUGAAAUCAGCAGAAGGAAAGAAGAAGUCCUUUGCCACCUGCUCUUCACACAUGAUGGUAGUGACAUUGUUUUUUGGGGCUGCCUUAUACACUUAUAUGCUCCCCCAAUCCUACCACACCCCAGUCAAAGAUAAGAUCUUCUCUGCCUUCUACACCAUCCUCACCCCCUUGUUAAAUCCUCUCAUCUAUAGCCUGAGGAACAAAGAUGUGACAGGGUCAUUGAGGAAGGUUUUGGCAAGAUAUGAAGCUGCCUGUGGAGUGACAAGGGAAGAAUUCUGA